AUGAUAUUCUUUAUAAUUUUAUCUUCACUAUUAAUCACGUCAUUAGCCCAAAACGAAAUCGACUUUGACAAUCCUGGUAAUUGCGGAACUGCUGGAUCAAACUGGAAACCUUGUAUAGAGAGAAAAGUUGCUGAUCAAGUGUUUGGAUCAUGUUGUGAACGAUUUGUACCACCUGAAUGUCGAGGAUUGUGCAUUUAUGAGACGAAUGCUAUCGAAGCUAGAGUUGUGCUGAUGCAUACAAUCCAGCCGUCUCGAUGUCGCCUAUACAAGUACCUUCCGGCUAUCGUACAUUGUGCAGCUCAAACUCAUGAUAAUACCGAGUGUUGUCGAGCGAACGGUAUGGCUCAAAUCGGAGAACAAUGUCUUCAAAUGUGUCAACCACAGGCAAAUCCACGUCGUUUCUGGGGAGUGAAAUCGUUGCGGAAAGAUUUGGUAGUAUGCCUCGCUAAAUGGGAUCAAAUUAUGCAAUGCCAUCAGUCAGGACUACGUGCCAGAAAAGUGCCUCGACCAACUGUGUGA